GACACCGGACCUGACAGAUUACAAUUAGGCCUAAUUAGUUUACAUCCCACUCCCAUACAGUCCGCAGCAGUCGCACUUCACUGUCUAACUAACACGCAACAUCUCAUCCAUAGACAACUUUACGAAAAUACGAAGAAAUGUAUCAAAUAGCUGGGAUUUUGAUAGCUAUAUUUACAAUCGUGGAUUGUGCAAAUUAUCAAAGAUAUGAUACAACAAGACAACCAAGUUAUACAACAAUUGCCAAUUUAUACAAUCAAUAUCCGUAUAAGACUGGUAGUGAUAUAGCAACAUUUCCAGAUGCAAAUCGAUAUCCAAAUUAUAACACAGGAUAUACAACGCCUAGAUACAAUAGUUACAAUACAGGAUCUAAUGUGUUCCUACCAGGGUACACAACCCCGCAAUACAACAGUUACGGGCAAGGGUUUACGUCGUAUGAAGCACCCUUUAUGAAGAAUAUCAGAGACUACUGCGUGAACAGAUCCCCCCAGACUGGCAUCUGGGUGGAUAGUUUGACUGGGAUGUGGUACGGUGUUGAGUUCGUGCAACAUUUAGCGGGGGAUUCCAGAGUUGAUUAUGCCAGAACAUGCAUCGUGAUUCAUAUUUCGGAGCCACAUGAUCGGCCGUCAACAGAGAACCAACUGUUCCACGUGCAGCACAUCAACGCAAAAUUCCGGCAGGAGUACCGACAUCUGCGCCUGCUCUGGGACGAGGCGGGAGAGACUAUAGAGUACACGCUUUACUUCAGAAACGAUUCCGCGGGAUACUGGCAAGUUCUGGAUGGUCAAAAUGGUACAAUAACGAAUCGUUCAACCUACCAGCAAUUCAGUGGUUCCGUGCAAGUUCUCAAGGCGGUAAACGACCAUUUACUUUUAAGCUUCUGUCAAGAAGGUACGGCCACUGCCCCAGCACAGCUUUAUUCUGUCCUCUUCUCUCGAAACCCGGGUACUAUGCCGCGCUGGGAGAUCGACUCAGUACAUACAUUGCUACAGAAUAAAAAACUCUCUGUAGCUUCGAGAAGGAUGGUCUGUGGCAAUAGUGCUGAUAAGCCGUAUGGUAUGGUAUUUUCGAUCUUAACUUGCUUAUUGGCAUAUUUGAUUCGAAUGUCUUAAUAUAUUGUGUAACAAACAUCAAAUGCAUUAACCAUAAUAAAAGUUCUAUCUUUCACGCAUAAUUAUGGUUUAAAUAUACAGACGUAUCGUUCAUUUGCCUACUAAUGAAAACUUAAUAGGUAUCAUUAGAUUUUCUAUAGUUUUAUUGAUAUAAUGAUUAUAAUCAAGCUACAAAGUAUUUGUUAUUCGUGAGAAAUAGAAAACAGAAAAAUUGCAUCAAAUACCAGUAAUGCAUUUUAAAAUCCGUCCUAUAAAAAUUGAUAUUAUUUAGGUUAUUUACGAGUAUAUUGGUAGUCUUGGAAAAUACUUAAUAUCAAGUAAUUAUAUUUUUGAAAGUAAUUUCAUUCAAAGAUAACAAAAAAGGAUAAAUUAAAAUAACAUAUCGAAAUAUUGUAAAAUAUAAAAAAACGAGAUUAUUUCUAUUUUUAUUUGAAUUAAGUAUUAUUAUUUAGUUAGUAUUUUCUGUAUAAUUCAUAUAAUUCUGAGAAGGACUAAACUUUUUGUAAGACAUAAAUGUAAUGUUAUUAUUUAUUUACUUCAAAUAUUUAUUUUUAUGUGAGAUAUAAUUAAUAAAUUAUAUUUUAAUAUAUAAUACUUUUUUUUCAACAUUUCGUGAACACCUACGUGAAUGAACGAGUAGGAGAAGACCUUCAUUUGAUUCCUAUUUGCUGCCGACGAGCUAUUUAUGUCGUAUAAAUUAUCGUAUUCUUUU